AUGGACGGUCUGCCAACAACCCUCGGCAAGCCCUUCCAGAAAGCCCUGGAAAGGUAUUGCCGCGUUGAACCGCCGUUGCGAAAGGAGGAGUUGCAGGAGCUGAAAUCCCUACUUGUGGCAAAGAAGACCUUAGACACCAGUAAAGCCAAGUGCAUGGGCAAGGACGGAAAGCCCACUGGAACAUUUAGUGCCUCGGCAGCCAAUGCCAAGGGCGACCACACUGGAUCCAGCAUGUUUGGCAGCUGGCUACGUGACAACUGCAUCAUUGCAUGGGGCUUGUUUUACACUGAUCCAGAGGGGCCAGGCUCGGAUGAUGCAGUGGCGUGCCUCACUAGCAUCGCGAAGUUCCUCUUGAAAUACCAGAGCCACAAGAUGGAGCUGGUGAUCAACGGCUUGAAGGAUGUCAAGGGGGAUGAGAAGACCUGGAUGGAUCGACCUCAUAUCAGGUUUAUUGGCGAAACAGGACUGGAAGAUCCCAAGUGGUACAACCACAAGCAAAACGAUGCUUUGGGAUACUUCAUGUGGGCCCGAACUCAGCUGGCCUGGCACAAGAAGUUGCCUUUCGAUGGAGAGCACCUCAAACUCAUGGGCCAGCUCUUCGACUAUCUGCGGGCGAUUGAGUGUUGGGAAGACUUGGACGGAGGCCAUUGGGAGGAGCACUCUGCUGUGCAUGCAUCCUCCAUUGGGCCUCCGCUGGCAGCUGUCAAACUCUUUAAGAAGGUAGCUGCCAGGGAUGGCUUCUUGCCGCCAUGCAAGAGCGACACCUUGGACGUCUUAGAGUCAAAUCUCGAGUCUGCCCUGGGGAAGAUUCUGCCCAACGAGAUCAUUUUCCCCGCAGAUCUGGCAAGAGACGCUGACGCUGCCACCGUCUUCCUUGCAUAUCCUUUAGAGGUGGUUGAUGACGCAGUGGGGCUUCAAAUCAUGGAUCGCCUGAAGAAGGUCAUGGGCCACAUCGGCAUGUGCCGCUACCGGAAGGAUAGCUACUGGUGCAAGGACUACAAGGACAAGGUCGGAGACGAUCCGACAAAGCAUUUCACGGAUGAGGAGUUGAAAGAAAGAGACAGGCUGCUGAAGGACGGCGAGGAGGCACAAUGGUGCUUAUUCGAUCCGAUGGUCAGCGCCUUCUACGGCCGCAUGUACCAGAAGACAAAGGAUGCCAAGUACUUGAGACUGCAGCAGCUGUUCCUUGCGAGGUCUCUGGCCGCAAUUACUGGAGAUUCCUGCCCCUACGGUCCGUGGCACUGCGCAGAGGCUUACUAUCUGGAGAAGGACACCUGGGUCCCAAAUGAUGAUACACCGCUGGUUUGGACGCAGGUUGAUCUCAAAAUGGCCUUGUUCGAGAUGGAGCGCAGCCUGGCACUUGUGAUGUAA